AUGGACAAAGAAGAUGGAAGUAUUCGGUGUCAAAUCAUGUGGCAAUUGGAUCAGGACAAGAAAUACGAUGAAGUCACCGAACAUUUGCUCACCGGAUGCCUAAGUUGUGUGACAAACCCAAAAAAGAGGUUCAACGGAAAGGAAAUGCUCUUUCCAGAUGCCCCACCGCCCUGGAUCAAAAUCCCGGAAUCGGAAGCCGCAAACCCAGACGCAUGGAAGACCUAUCACAAGAAGCGAGUUCACACACAAAUGACGCCGGAGGAGUUCGAUCAGUUUUUGGUGGAUUCAGAUAUGACAGACAUCAUGAUAUGCUGGGAAAUCGCCAAGUUUAAAAGAAUCGAACGAGUGGCCGCUUGGCCGAUGGUUCGUGAAAUCCGUCGAAAGCAGAAGGAAUUGCGUCUGGAACAGGAGAGAAAGGACAAAGAACAACGAAAAAAGGAGUCGGAAGCGAAGAAAGAGGCGGAAAAGUUGAAAAAAUUGGACGAAAAACGGAAAUUGGCGGAGAAAAAGCAGCUGAAAGACGACGAGAAGCAGGAAUAUCUGGAAAAAAUGGCAGAAGAAGAGAAACUUCUCGUUGAGGUGCUUGGAGAGAAAGAUUCAGAUGAUGGAGAGCUGAUGACGUCAUCACAGGAUUCUGAAACGGCGAACGACUCGGAGACUUCAGAAAUGGCUGAAAAUUCGAAAUUCCGGAAGCCUUUGCCACAGAAGAAGGAGUUCAAUUUGAGACACGCUAUGCCGUGGUCACCGUCUGCUUAUGAUCUACUUUGUAGUGAUCUUCGAUCGAUAAUUGAUCAUAGUUCACAGAAAAGAGUGAUCGCGAUGUGUCAGAAUUUAUUGUAUAAUGGAGAUCUGAGACAUUCUGGAAAUCGAUUCGAGUUGAAGGAUCUCCGCAGAGCAUGUGAAUCCGAAUACGACACUCUCGCCGCGGCAGCUCUCGAACACGCCCGUGAGAACGCGUGUCAUCCGAUCGAUUUCUCAACGGAUCGAGCGAUUCGACACGCUUUGCUUCACUUUAAACAACGGGAACCCGCCGAUGACUCCGCCCAUUAUCUAUUCAAAUCUCCCGUUUUCACUGUUGAAAAUGUGGAAGUAGUGAGUGGAAUCAGGAGUGAGGGACAGUCAUUGAUACCGAAAGUGGAGAAAGUGCUGAAAGUGUCGACGGUGAAUAGUCAGCUGACUAUUCCGGAUAUAUCCAAGAAGUGUGAAGUGAAAAUGGAUUUUAGACGUCCCCCACCGAAAUCCCGUCUCAUCGAAGACGACGUUGCCUUCUCGAUGAUCAAAUCGUCUCCUCAAGUGUCUGUACUGGCAGAUGCGACAACAAUAUGUCAUCUGAUGACUCCCAGUUGGGAAUCAAGAGAUUAUGAAUUCGGAUGUCCUAUUCAAGUGAGAGAAACACGCAUUGAUGGAGCGACGACGAAGAAGAUUGUUGUGGUGUCGAAACCGAUGCCUAGUAAUACGAUUUCCCGUGCCUCAAUCCAACGAAAAGCCAUGAAACAACAACUCCGCAAUCAAUUCCUCCAAGAUCACCCGAAGAAGCCAAAGUCCCGCCCACCACCCUCCUCCGAAUCCGAAACCCUCCACGUCAUCUGA